UCGGGUGAGGCGGCGCUUUGCGGGCCCUGAUGGGGUGACCCCGGACCCAAGGCCCCCAGGUCUCCCCUCGCCGGCAGGACUAGGGCGGCCACCCCCAGCCCCAGCUCCCGGCCCGGCCGACAGCAUCUGGGCACGGGGGCGACCCCUCCGCGUCAGGGGCCCGGCUGCAAGUGCAGCUCGCAGCGGGUUCCCGCAGUAGGUGGGUGUCUGGGCAUCAAACCACGGCUCCUCUUUUCUUUACAGGAGCGUGUGAGACUGAGCCCCGCCCCCCCCGGCUGCCCCUGACGCUUGAGGCGCGACCAGCCAGAGAUAUCAGGAUGACCUCUUCACUUGACCUUCCUCCAAAUUAUGAGGAGAUGUUUGCUCAUCGAUUUACAGCAGAUGAUAAGGAGUAUCAAGAGUACCUGAAACGUCCUGCAGAUCCACCUCCUGUAGUAGAAGAAUGGAGAACUAGAUAUGGUGGCAACCAGAGAAACAGAGAUCGGUUUCAAGAUGGCAGACAGUAUAGAGGAGACAGGUAUAACUGGCAAGGUGACAACAGAUAUAAUCAGAGGCAAGAGAGAAGCUGGGGUAAUAACUACCAACAAUACAGACAAGAAGAAUCUUUCUCCCCACAAUAUGGGCAGUAUGGCAAAAACUCCUACAAUAAGAGGCCCCGUUAUGGCUACUAAUAAUGUAGUACUUUCUAGUUAAGCAUCCUGUAAACCUGUAUAACUAUAUCUUGAAUGAGAUGUGAUGCUUUAUUUUGUGUUUGUCUUUUUUUUUUUUUUUUUGUAGCUAGCUUAAAAUAAUGGGUAUUUGUUUAUAAGGCCUGCUAAUGACACACUAUAGUGCAAGUUACAAUCGGCAUCCUUUUUUUUGGAUAAUAAAAUUCUUAA